CUGGCUGGCAGCUGACUUCUACCCUUCCUGCAGGACAUGAAGGCCCAGCGUGUUUCCCUCUGGCUCCUGGGCACAGUGCUCUUCCUGUGCUCAGUGCACUCCAGAGGUUUCAGGAGAUGUCUGAUUUCCAUGGACAUGCGCCAUGUCGAAGAGAGUUUCCAAGACAUUAAAAGAGCCAUUCAAGCUAAGGACACCUUCCAAAAUGUCACUAUCCUGUCCACAUCGGAGACCCUGCACAAGAUCAAGCCCUUAGAUGUGUGCUGCGUGACCAAGAACCUCCUGGCGUUUUACGUGGACAGGGUGUUCAAGGACCAUCAGGAGCCGGACCCCCAGAUCUUGAGAAAAAUCAGCAGCAUCGCCAACUCUUUCCUCUACAUGCAGAAAGUUCUGCAGCAGUGUCAGGAGCAGAGGCUGUGUCCCUGCCGGCAGGAAGCCACCAACACAACCAGAAUCAUUCACGACAACUACCAUCAGCUGGAGGUCAGAUCUGCUGCCGUCAAAUCUCUGGGAGAAUUGGAUGUCUUUCUGGCCUGGGUUGACAAGAAUCAUCAAGGAACCCCCACUGCCUGA